AUGGCUCGUGGUAACCAGCGCGAUAAGGCUAGGGAGAAGAACCUGAAGGAGCAGGCUGGCAAGAAGGGCAAGAACACCAUGUCCGGCAGCGAGCAAGCGAAGACCAAGGAGAGCGUCGCUGCCAUCAUGCGCGCUAAGCAGCUUGCCGCCGAAGCGAAAAAGGCCGAGACCGGCAAAUAG